UCCUGACAGGGGUGUGUCCUGAAUGGAAACUAUGCGACCCACCCACUUUAGCAAAUACAUAUUAGCUUACAGGCUAGCUAUUAGUACUUCCUGAGAACAGUAUUCUCCUGCAGCUUCGAGGAAACACCUUUUCCUGUGGUCGUUUACUCCAUAGCCAAAUUUCAGGUCCCGUCCCGUCCCGUCCUGACAAUGAGCUACCCUGGGUAUCCCUCUCAGCCUGGCGGCUACCCCCCCCAGCCUGGAGCCUACCCACCCCAGCCGGGAGCUUACCCUCCCCAGGCCGGAGGUUACCCUCCUCAGGCAGGGGGCUAUCCCCCUCAGGCAGGGGGCUAUCCUCAGGCUGGAGGCUACCCCCCCCAGGCUGGAGGUUACCCUCCUCAAGCAGGGGGCUACCCUCCCCAGGCAGGUGGAUACCCAUCCAUGCCCCCUGCAGGUGGUUGGGGCGGUAGUCCUGGCUUUCCCUCCAUUGGUCUGGACAACCUGAGCAAUCCUGCGUUCAGUGCUGCCAAUAUGAACGCGAUGGCCAGCCAGAUCUCAGGUGCCAUGGGAGGGUUUACCCCAAAUCCGUCCAUGUACUCUCAAGCACCCGGUGGGUACCCCACCCCCCAGCCAGGCGGGUUCGGUGCUCCCCCCCCUAACCAACAGCCUUAUGGCAUGUACCCCCAGUCAGGAGGAGGCAUGCCCCAGGGUCAGGGCUUUCCCACGGCCCCCUCAGGUCAGCCUAUGCCCAGUUACCCAGCAGCCCCUGCGGCCGCGCCGGGAUACGGAGGAGGUGCUCCGGUGGCUCCGCCCGUUAACAGGGGAUACAGAGGCUCCAUUCAGGACUUCCCGGGGGCAGACCCGCUAAAGGAUGUGGAGGUGCUCCGGAAGGCGAUGAAGGGCUUUGGUACCGAUGAGCAGGCCAUCAUCGAUCUGUUAGGAAGCCGCACCAACAAGCAGCGUGUGCCACUGCUGAUCACCUUCAAAACCGCCUACGGAAAGGAUUUGAUAAAAGACUUGAAGUCUGAGCUUUCGGGGAACUUUGAGAAGCUGGUCCUGGCGAUGCUGAUGACCCCAGCACAGCUGGAUGCCCACGAGCUCCACGAGGCCAUCAAGGGUGCUGGGACUGAUGAAGCUUGCCUGAUAGAGAUCCUGUCUUCCCGCUCAAAUGCAGAAAUCCGAGAAAUCAAUGAAAUCUACAAAAGAGAUUACAAGAAGAAGCUGGAGGAUGCAAUCAGCAGCGACACUUCCGGACACUUCCGCAGGCUUUUAGUAUCACUGGCUCAGGGUAACCGUGACGAGAGGCCGCAGGUGGACAUCAGCCUGGCCAAACAGGACGCCCAGGCGCUCUACGCAGCGGGUGAAAAUAAGCUGGGGACCGAUGAGUCCAAGUUCAACGCCAUCCUGUGCGCCCGGAGCAAGCCUCACCUGAAAGCAGUGUUCCAUGAGUACCAGCAGAUGUGCGGGCGUGACAUCGAGAAGAGCAUCUGCAGGGAGAUGUCUGGAGACCUGGAGAGUGGCAUGGUGGCUGUCGUGAAAUGCAUCAAGAACACGCCGGCCUACUUCGCAGAGAGGUUGUACAAAGCCAUGAAGGGGGCAGGAACCAAAGACCGCACCCUCAUUCGCAUCAUGGUGUCGCGCUCCGAGGUGGACAUGCUGGACAUCCGCCAGGAGUAUGUGAAGAGCUACCAGAAGUCUCUGUACACGCACAUCACCGGCGAUACCUCGGGGGAUUACAGGAAGCUGCUGUUGAAGCUGUGCGGCGGGAACGACUAGAAGCUUCCGCCGAUGCCUCAGGGACUAUAGAACAGUGAAAAGACCGUCGAUACGUCGCCUUGCUGGUACAGACCAGAGAGGAGCUCGACCAAUCGUAUAGUCUGUUGGUAAUAAACCAGUACAACAAGACCAGCAAUCAUAGGUGGACACUUUUCUGGUAAUGCUUCUGGGCUCCUUGCCAGGAAGUUUGCUAGAAAUAUCCACCAUUCACGGUCAGCGUUGUUGCAUUGUUGGUUACCAGCGUAAUCCCUGAUUGGUGGAGCUUCUUUCUUGACUGUUGUGUCCCUGUUUUAUUAUACCUGCGUACACUCUGUCCCUGCAAUGUCUAUCACAGCUCUUCUGCUUACAGUACAUACUUGUUUACUGAUUUUUAAACGACACUGUAAUAUUGCAUGUUUUUUGGCUAAUUGCACUAUAAAUGCCAUAUCUUUUUGCAGUUUUUAUAGUCAUGUGAGUUUUCAUUAGAAAGUAUAUUUGUUUAUACAUACAGUAUGUGUCAGGUAUAUGCUGGAUAUCAUAAUGGAUAAUGUGUUGGAAAGAAUGUGCAUCGAAAUUUAAGAGGUAUAUAUUUUAUAAACUACAUUAUGUUGCAUUCAUGUAUUUCCCGGUGCCAAUGUUACAAAUAUGGAUUUUGUACUAAAUUCUUUUACAACUGAUUACAAAAUGUAUUUCAAUUUUCUGUUGUUUAAUAUAAACAAUGUAACUGAUUUGUUUAGUGACUAUACGCAAAGACAAUUACUGAAUUAGAUUUACAUCGUAUAACUUUCUUUGAAUACGUCCAGCUAAAUAAAUUAUUUCUUAUCUUUUGCUUAACAAAAAUCACAUUUCUGCUGAAAUAUGUAUUUCAAUGCAAAUAAAAUGCAGGAGACCUA